GGCCUCGCUACGGUAAAGUCCAAUCGUCGUUUAAUUCAACGAGUACUAUCGUUUACAUAUCCAAUUUACCGGGAUGUCACAACAAGCUACCAGUAUGGCCAAGAAGCGUGUUUGGUGGUUGACUGAGGAAGACGGGCGCAUUCACGUUUAUGUUGCCGAAGGGCAGGGAACUUCCAAAAAAGUUUCAAAACUUCUGAACAAGAAGACAGAAGAAGCAUUCGGACACGUGAAAGAAUGCAGGGCCGUUGGAGACAAAUUUAUAAAGUUUCUAUUUCAUAAAAAAGAUGGUAGACCUGAUGCUUAUUUGCUUGAGCGAACAAAGUUUGAAUAUAACCGCUCUGAUUUCAGUCGGCAACUAAAAGAAAAUGCAAGCAAUCAAGAAUUUGUAAAAAUGUUUAGUGACAUAUGCAGUUCCAUGGCUAUAGCUUCCUGUAGUAACACUUCAGGAUCAUCAAAUGAACAGUUGUCACUGUCUAGUAGCAGUGAUGAUGGAGAUUCCAGUGUUUCAUGCCAGGCUGAGUCUGUGCAUAUAAGUCUUUUAGAAAUGACAAAAAAAAAAAAAGAGCAAGAAAAGAAAAUUGACAAAGUCAGUGGAAAUUAG